AUGUCGCGUUGGAUCAAGAAUAAUCUUCCAAGACUCUCUUCGAUAUCACAAAUCACCCACAGUCACAGCAACCCCUCCGCCUCCCCCUCCACGAUUAUGGAAGUGGAAGUAAAGCUCCGGUUGCCGGAUUCCACCGCCCAUCAGAAACUUUCCGAUGUACUCUCACCUUACCACACCAAAACCCACCUCCAACAAAACCUUUUCUUCGACACCGCAUCACUCUCCCUCGCCACCACUCACCUCGCCGCCCUCCGCCUCCGCUUCUACGACCUCGACUCCCAAGCCAUCCUCUCCCUCAAAGCCAAACCCGUUAUUUCCGCCGGAAUCAGUCGCAUAGAGGAGGAAGAAGAGUCCCUAGACCCCUCCCUCGCCCGCGCUUGCGCCGCGGAGCCAUGGCGGUUCUCCACCAUCGAGAAAUCCAGAAUCUUGAAGAGAGUGAAUGAGGAGUUCGGGGUUGAUCUAAUGGAACUCGUGUCUCUUGGAGGGUUUAGAAAUGUGAGAGCUGUUCAUAAGUGGAAUGGUUUGAAAUUGGAAUUGGAUGAAACUCAAUUUGAUUUUGGGGUUAAUUAUGAGAUUGAAUGCGAGAGUGAUGAUCCUGAUGAAGCUAAAUUGAUGCUGGAAGAGUUGCUUAAUCAAAAUGGGAUUAGUUUUUCUUAUUCCCAGGUCUCCAAAUUCGCCAUUUUUAGAUCAGGGAAGCUGCCUGAAUUCAAGUAG